AUUUUUUAACACGUUGAGCGCGCGGAGCCAAUUUUUGGUUCGAUAUUAUAUAUUUUAUAGGUUAUAUAUUUUAUACACGCACAUAUCGCAGUAACAAACAUUGCGAUUGUCUAUUGUUUGAGUUAAAUAAAAUGGCGUAGUUGAUGCAGUUAUUAGAAUGUGUAUUUCCGGCAUAAACAAAAGAAAAUCAAAAAGUUGACGGUAAAAAGACGAAACAAAGAAAAGUCGCGAUUAACAAAACGAAAAAGUUGACAGUCGCCGGAUGUCUCACGAAUUGACGCAGUGCUUAACGUGUUUAACAGUUAAACAGUUGAAGUUUAAUGGUCUUUUUUCUUUUUUUUUUUUUUUUUUUUUUUUUUAAUAUAAAACACUUGAAAAAUCCGAUAAAAUGAAUAAGUGAUAAUACAAUAGAUUAGAUGAUGUGGCAUGUCUGUUUCAAGUGUGUUCAAUUGAAAGCUAAUUUUAAAGAAAUUAUUUUUCAUUUGAAGAUUAUAUAUUUAUAAAUUAUAAUCGUUGUUUUAAUUUUCUUGUACUUAUUACCUAUCAAUGAUGUCGCGUGAAAUUACAAUAAAUGUUUUAUCAUUGAAUUGUUGGGGUAUUCCAUAUGUUAGUAAAAAUAGAAAAGCUCGUAUGGAAGCUAUCGCUGAAAAGCUUUCCACCGGAGAAUAUGACAUAAUAUCCUUACAAGAAGUUUGGUCUGUUAAUGAUUUUAAAAUGAUUAGAUCUAAAGUAAAAGAACAACUUCCGUAUUCCCAUUACUUCCAUAGCGGUGUUCUAGGAUCCGGGAUUUGUAUCUUCUCUAAAUAUUGUAUUGAAGAUGUAAUGUUUCAUAGGUGGCCAUUAAAUGGCUAUUUUCACAAGAUACAUCAUGGUGAUUGGUUUGGUGGUAAAGGUGUUGGCCUUUGUAAGAUUAAAGUUGAAGAUAUGAGCGUUAAUGUUUAUGCAGCACACUUACAUGCUGAAUAUAAUAAAGUUCAUGACGAGUAUAAAUCACAUAGAGUUUUGCAAGCAUUCGAUACAGCUCAAUUUAUUAGAAUGACAAGCGGUGGUUCAGAUGUUGUGAUAUUAGGUGGUGACCUUAACGCAGAGCCACAAGAUUUAGCUUAUAGAAUUAUAUGCGGAGUUGCUGGUUUAAUGGAUGCUUGUUCGAGUAACUUUGGUAAUGUAGGAACCGACGAAUGUGCCAAUAAUAGUUAUACCAGUGCUAGAGUGGCUAGAAAGUGUCCAGAAGGGAAACGCAUAGACCAUAUUUUAUACUUUGGCUCGUCGAAUGUUCAGAUUAGCGCAAUAAAUUAUCAACAACCUUUACCCAAAAGAGUACCCAAUACUAAUUUUAGUUAUUCGGAUCACGAGGCUAUUAUGGCAAGUUUGAAAUUGACGAAUGGUGUACAUGAGAAGAAUAAUAUUGACGUGAGAGAAACAUUAAAGGAAGCUAUCGGAAUAUGCGAAUCUGCCAUAUCAUCUCUACGUUCUCAGUAUUUCUGGUAUUUGCUUGCUGUCUGUAUACUGAUUGUUCCAGUAAUUUGGUCAAUGGGAUUAGACUAUACUACUACGUCUAUAGGUAUAAGUAUAGCUCUUAAUAUCGGUCGUUUAUUUUUGACUGCGCUAUUGUGUUAUGCUUUAUUUAUGAGCGUUAUAUGGAAUAACACAGAAAAUAAGGCUUUAGAAGCGGGUUGUUUAGCAAUGGAAAUUCAUUUGAUACAGUUAACAAAUAAGUUGUCCAAUUAAAAGCAUUUAUAUAUUAAUUAUCGAUUUUAUAUAAUUAUAUUUUGAUACUUUUAUUAAUUCAAAGGGCUGUUGCAAAAAUAAUAACGAAAGACAAAUUUAGAUUAAUAUAAAAUAUGAUCUAUCAAAAAAUUCGUAUCUUUGACAAUAAAUGAAAGUAUGCAUAAAAUAACUAUUGUUUAUAAAAUAUAAACAAAAAUAUUCAAACGAUCGAUAUUAAAACUUUAAAAAAUACAAACAUGCAUGUUAGAUGGUAAGUUCUGUAAGAGUAAUGUUUCAAUUACUAAACAUGCAUAACACAUGCAUACAAAAUUUGAAGUGAAUUGGAUAAGGGAGGAAUAUUGGAUUUCUAGAAGUUAUGAAACUUCUUUAUAUAUACAUAAUAUAUAUUUCUUUAAAAUGAUUGUUGUAAAUUUAUAUACUGAAACAUGUAUCACGAAAGUAUUCGAACGGCAUUAAUUAUACACAAACCUUAUAUCAAGUAAAUCAAAUAUUCUAAAGAAAUUAAAUAGAAAUAAUGAAGGGGGGGAUAUGAUUAGAAAAAUUUCGUCCGUAAUUCAAGGAAAAUAUUCAAAACAGAAAUCGUGGCAAAUAUUGUAUCUUUUUUUUAUGGUGUCGGGAAUUCGUGUAUCGCACGAGGAAUAAUUUUAGUAUCGAUUAGUAUCGAUUAAUAAUUACAUGAUAUUUUUGAUUAUUAAUUAAUAUUGUUUUUCGGUAAACAAUAAUAUUAAGAUCUCAUGAUCCUACCAAAUUGAAGAAAAUUUUGAACUUUCUUGUGUAAAGGAUACGUGGAAGAGCUUUACAAGAUCGCAUUACAAUUCAUUUAAACGAAUUGAAAGGUUCACCUUUGAAAAUAAUCAGUAAUUGUUCUAAGAAUUGUAAACAACAUUCAAUUUUUUAUUGUUAUCGGUGUAAAGUAAAUUGUUUUCGGCAUAACACGGUUUCGUUCAUAUAUAAUUAAGUCUCGUUGAUAGCAAGAAACUAUACUUUGAUUGGUAUGUGUACACUUAAUGCCGGUUGAAUAUAUUUUUGAUAGUUUCAGUACCUUUUUCCUAUAUUAGAAUAUUUUUUAAUAACUUCUACGAA